AGAAGUGUGAACUUGAACGCUGCCUUCACCGCUCAGUGCGAGUCCAGGCAGAGGCCAGUCAGUCUUAUCAGUCUGUCCCCGCCGCUCGGGUUUCGGUCAACUUAUCGGAAGAAGGAGCCGCUGGGCGGAUUUUUGGUUCGGGAGGGUUUUGCUGUUUGAGACCCAGAAAGGUGCCAAACGCGGAACGCUCGACGCGAUGUCCAGGCGCAAACUUGGAAGCAGACCGCAGCACCUGAGUGCAUUUCAAGAUGCCACUGACGCGGCGGAUGGCACCGGCUCGUCAGACGACCCUGCUCCUCCUCCUCCACAGGUCCGAGCUCCUGACCAAGGUCGUGACCUCCUGACCUGCGGCCAGUGCAGCCAAGCUUUCCCCCUCGCCCACAUCCUGGCGUUCAUCCAGCACAAACAGGGCGGCUGCCGCUCCCGAAACCAAGGCCCAAACGCCAGCGCCACGCCCCCCUCACCUGCCAACCACGCACAACAGCGUGUUGCAAACACAGAGCUGGUGCCGGGCUUCAUCGAACUGAGGAGAGGGGUGGCCAGGGACAGAGGUUGGGGGGAGGAGUCUGGCGUGAAGGUGAGGGUGGAGCCCAACAAACCAGUGCCAGAGGAGCCGUCCUACUUCACCUGCCAGCAGUGUGAAGGCGUGUUUCCAUCUGCAUGGGCGCUCUUACAGCACGCUCAGCACACACACUCCUUCAGCAUCUACCAAGAGGACGUGGAGGAUGAUGCAGACAUGAGAGGAGGCGGAGGAGGAGGUCUUGAAGAGCACAAACCUGCUGCAGCCACUCUGGACCCACGCCACCUGAGCCAAGCUCUUGCCUCAGCCUUUCAACCCUCUGUCCUGCGUGUCAAUCGCUCCCGUCAGGCAUACACCACCUCCACCUCCUCCUCCAGUACCCUGCAGGCUCUGAACUUUUCAGUGCGGCUCAGGGAGCUUGCAGAGGGGAAUAAUAACACCACUGGCAGCUCCCCCGGAGGCCUGGUGCUGUCUCCAUCCUCUUCUCCACCAGCAGCUUCUCCCUUUCCUCAAACGGGUGGCCUCCAGACCGACUUCCACUGUGAGGUGUGUGACCAGAGCUUCCAGUCUCUGCGUGCCCUGUCCACCCACCGCCGGACUCACGCCUGCGAGAGGCCGUAUCACUGCGGAGUGUGCGGGCAGGCCUUUGCCCAGAGUGGCCAGCUGGCCCGACACAUAAGGAGCCAUCACAGGGAGGCUGGAGGUGGAACAAGUGGAUAUGAGUCGGUGGAGAUGGUCUUGAUGGAGGAGGAUGUGGGGAGGCAGGGGAUAAGAGGGAGAUUCCAAAUGCAGCCAGCUGGUAACAUAGCAAAGGGAGUGGUUGGUGCCCAGGGCCCCUCUGAGCUGGACCUGACCCUGCCCAAACAUCCCUCCAUAGCUUCAGGCCUGAUGCUGCUGACUUCGCAGGUCAGACCGUCAGACAGGGAGCUGCUAAGACUGUACCAGCGCCAGAGAGAAGGGGGAGAGGGAGGGGAGGAGGAGGCAGAGGGGCAGGGGGAGCCCCAGCACACCUCACCCUGCGCCAGCCCUUCUGAAGGCUCCCUGGAGAGCGGAGAGACAGGGGGCAGCGGCGAGAGCGGUAUCGCAAGUGGCAACUGCACACCCAAACGUCCAGAGAUGGGCGACAGAGUGCGAGGAGUUGGAGACUGGGAGAACGAAAGAGGAGUUAUCAUUGAGAGGGAGAAAGACUGGAGCUCAGCCAAAGUCAGCGAGGCUGUGCAGGAGUGGCAGAGGGAGAAUGAGCGGAGGAGUGUAGCAGGAGGUGUCAGCAGUGGAGGAAGCAAUAAUAAUACUACUGCUGGUUCAGCUGGGAAGAAGAAGAAAGAUGAGGCCUGCGAGUACUGUGGUAAACAGUUCAGAAAUAGCAGUAACCUGACUGUGCACCGUCGCAGCCACACAGGUGAACGGCCUUACCGCUGCGGCCUCUGCAACUAUGCCUGCGCUCAGAGUUCAAAGUUAACACGCCACAUGAAGACCCAUGGAGCCCAGGGAGCUAAGGCCUCCUUUUUGUGCCAGCUGUGUGCGGUGCCCUUCACCGUCUACGCCACUCUGGAGAAACAUCUGAAGAAAGUUCAUGGCCUGAGCCACGCCAGCGUAGGAGCGUACGCGCAAGCCAGCGCUGCAGACACUUUAGCUGCUAUAAAAGCUGAAGAAGAGGCAGUGGUGGUGAAAAUGGAGGAGGAUGAAGGCAGUAUGGAUCAGAUAGAAAUGGAGAGGAAUGUGGUGAAAAGCAUGGAGGUGGAGGAGGGUCAGAGCCAAGCAGAAUAUGUGGAGAACAGAGGGAGUCCAGCCAUAGUGGGCGAUCUCCCACCUGAAAGCAGGGCAGAAGUGAGCUCAGCUUUGACUUCUGCACCAUGAGUGCUGUUCUCAUUCACAGAUUGGCAUUAAAAGAGCACUGUAUAGGUUCAAACUCACCCUUCAAAUAAAAAGAACUCAUCCCAUUCUUGAAAUGACAGUCGAGUUAAACUGGAAUCUAAAGAAGAAGUUGCAGCACUGUAGAAAGCAGCAGGCAGUCCCGUUCCUCUCUGCCAGCACUGAGGCACACAGCAGCUAUGUUGUUCACAAUUGUAUGCAAAGCUGCUGGGUGAAACUAGGUGCCUACAGUUCUUUAGACCACAGAGCAAAACAAGGCCAUGACAUUCAGCAGGGAGAUUACCAGAGCUCUUGAACAGGAAGUGAACUGCCAGUCCACACCGACACAGGAAACUGAUCACCAUGUUGCAGUGCAGGAUGCAAAAGACGAGUGAUUUAUCUCUCUGGUGACCCACUGGACAGGUGGAGACGGAUAUUAACUGUCAGAUAAUACAUAGAACGGAUUAUAUUGAGUAAAAAAAAGCCUAGAAAUAGAGCAAUGUUAAUAUAUUUUCAGCAUCAGCAGAUAGAGGGAGGUGAUAUUGUGCUACCUAGCUGUUUUCUUUUGAGAAGACCUUUUAAAGACUAAAGAUGUGUUGGACAGACACAGGGGUGAAAUGAAUCCAAACACUGUCCGCCUGCAGUUUCUCAGACUCCUCUUUUUAAAGGCGCUUGGUUGUCACAACACUUGUCACUUAACGUAAUGUUUACAGGGCUCACAGGGGCCUAGCAAGGUUGUGCUCUGACUUCUUUGUGACAGUAUGUAUGGAUGACUUUCUGUUGUUGUUUUUUUUUCUAAUUUUACAAAUGUGAAUGAGGAGGCUUUAAAGUCUUACAUACUGAUGUUUCUUUCCCCAUUAGUUUCUAUGCAUAAAAGACCUGCAAUUUUACCUACAUGUGAAACGGGUGUGUAUUAUUUUUCUCUAUGUGUACUUAGUAUUGUGAUGGUAAUUUCUCUCUUUCAUUGUUUACAUUUGUAAAGUGCCGGACUGCUUGAAGCUUGUGCAUGUUUUGCAGCCAUUUAAAACUUUUUUUUUUCUUUUUUUUUGUUGACUGUGUUUGAAUUCUUCCUAAUUUAUGAAUGCUGCAUGUUGGUGAUUGUGUAUCUGGAAAAAGUUUGUUUCACUGCUGAACUACAGAGUUGAGAGGUGUGGUAGUAGAGCGUUGACUGGUGGAGUUUUGUGCGAGCACUUGGGUGAGUGAGUUGUGUGAAUGUUUUUGUGUGUUUGUGUGUACAUAGAACAAAAAAAAAAUCCUCUACUUGAACCCCCUGUCCUGUAAUCUCGUGUCCUAAGCAUGACAUGGCUGGUCAUAAUCACUGUGUCGUGCUUUGGACAGGUCAUCAUGUGUCAGCAAUGAGGGUUUAAACACAAGUUAAGCAUGAGGAAAUCUGUUCAUUUAACAGAUAUAACAAGACAGAGCCUUCAAGUAGAGUGUUACCGACUUUUUCCUAACUACUGUGAUGACUUUGUGUUACCGUAUCUGAUUUCUACUUGCAUUCGUGUCAGGGAAAACAAAUUCUUGUAAUGAAUGAGUGUUGUAAUGAAUGAUUAUGAUUGAGUGCAGUGUAACUGUUCAGGGAUAAUAUUUUGUACAUAGAUGGACAUACUUGCUGUUGCUACACUUAUUAUUAUUAUUAAUAAUAUUAUCUGCCUGUCACUGUUACAUGCCCUCCACUUUUCCUAGCAUUGUCUCCUUUUCGCUGAACACUGGCUGUUGUGAAGCUAUACCACUCUGCUGUCUUUGUAAACUUGACACCAUUUUGUACCAU